AUGGUUAUGUCAACCGUAACCGAUUGGGGAGGAAGAGUGGAUACCGGCGUACUCACCGCUUCGAGUUUAAGAAGGAUAACUAAUAGUGAAGAAGGGCCGUUGUUACUAGUAUUCGGAAAGGAUGUGUUGAGUAAGAACUUGGUAAUGGGUGGGCGAGAUGAAAUCAAGGGUUGUGAUAGUGGUAAGGAGCUACGUCAUCGAGGCGUAUCCGCAAUGGAUGAGACCGAUGCUCGGACAAUGGUGUUUUAG